GUUAAAGAGUGUGAGAAAUCAAAGUCAUCCAUAAUAUUUUGAAAGCAACAUUCAUUGCUAAAGAGUGUGAGAAAACAAAGUUCACCCAUUACAACAUGGAUAUGAAGUUGAAUAUGGAAACAUUUGUUUUAUUCUUACUAUUGACUAUUUUAGGUUCCACUCAAUCAGCUGUCAUAGAUAUAAAAAAAUUUGGGGGAGCACCAAAUGCAGAUAUAACACAGGCUUUGACAAAGGCCUGGGAUGAAGCAUGUGCAUCAACAACUGCAACUAAAAUUGUGAUUCCAGGUGGGACAUACAAGAUGAAUGCAAUUCAAGUAAAAGGUCCUUGUAAGGCUCCCAUUGAAAUUAAUGUUGCUGGCAUAAUUCAAGCACCACCUGACCCCAAUGCAAUGAAUGAUGCUUAUGAAUGGAUCAAGAUCGAACAUGUUGACUUUUUAACUAUAUCCGGUCAUGGUGUUUUUGAUGGUCAAGGCGCAAAAGCUUGGAAAGAAAAUGAUUGUGGAACAAACCAGAAAUGCAAAAAACGCUCCUUGAAUCUUAGUUUCAAUUUCCUAAAACAUGCAACUGUUCGAGACAUAACUACUAAGGAUAGCAAAAACUUUCACGUGAAUGUUUUGGGAUGCACCAACUUCACAUUUGAUGGCUUCCAUGUCAGUGCUCCUGCUGAUAGCAUCAAUACUGAUGGGAUUCACAUCGGAAGAUCGACUGAUGUGAAGAUUUUAAACACCAACAUUGCUACUGGAGAUGACUGUGUCUCCUUGGGAGAUGGCAGCAAACAAAUAACUGUUCAGAAUGUGAUUUGCGGACCUGGCCAUGGCAUUAGUGUUGGAAGCCUUGGCAAGUACCCAGAAGAAGAGCCCGUAGAACAUCUUUUAGUCAAAAAUUGCACUUUGAAAAAUACAGACAAUGGUGUCAGGAUCAAAACUUGGCCUAGUGGUCCGGGAACUUCUCCUAUUACUGAUAUGCAUUUUGAAGAUAUUAACAUGGUUGAUGUCAAGAACCCAGUCAUCAUUGAUCAAGAAUACUGUCCUUGGAAUCAAUGCAAUAAAAAGGCUCCAUCAAAAAUAAAGAUAAGUAAGGUUACCUUUAAGAAUAUUAAGGGUACUUCAAAAACCAAGGAAGGGGUGAUUUUGAUGUGCAGUAGCGGUGUACCAUGUGAUGGAGUGGAAUUAAGUGAUAUUAAUCUUACAUUCAAUGGAGCUCCAAUAGAUGCUAAAUGUGCUAAUGUCAAGCCCUUAAUCACAGGAAAAGCACCAGCUUGCAAAGCUUAAGAGAUUUGAGAUGAAACAACAUUUUUCUUUAUUAAAUUUUUCUUUUGUUUACUUUUUUUUGUUGUAAAUAUAUAAUUCAUCCUUGAAAAGUGAUGAUUAGAAAUAUUUAAAAUCUAUAAUGAAUAACCAAUUGUAUUAGUUGCAUCAACAAUGUCAAAGUUUAUUGAAUAAGAAAGCCUUGUUAAAGAGUA